ACUGGAAGCCAUUUCCGGUUAGCGUACCUCAACAAAGAUGGCGGACGAGGCUACUCGCCGGGUAGUGGCCGAGCUGCCUUUGCUGAAGACGAACGCGGGUCCGCGGGACAAGGAGGUGUGGAUUCAGCGGCUAAAGGAGGAAUACCAGGCGCUCAUUAAGUAUGUGGAAAACAACAAGAACGCCGAUAAUGAUUGGUUCAGGCUAGAGUCCAACAAGGAAGGCACAAGGUGGUUUGGGAAAUGCUGGUACAUUCACAACCUCCUGAAGUACGAGUUUGCUGUUGAGUUUGAUAUUCCGGUAACAUAUCCGUCCACCGCGCCAGAAAUCGCCAUCCCAGAGCUGGAUGGAAAAACAGCAAAAAUGUACAGGGGCGGUAAAAUAUGUCUGACGGACCACUUCAAACCUUUGUGGGCCAGGAACGUACCUAAAUUUGGGCUGGCUCAUCUCAUGGCCUUGGGGCUGGGACCCUGGCUGGCUGUGGAGAUCCCAGACUUGAUAUCGAAAGGCCAGAUUGAGCACAAGGAGAAAUGAGGCAGGCUGUGUGGCCUGCGGACGGAGGCUAGGCCUCAGCUGUUCUCCUAGGCCUCAACCGUCAACAGCUGCAGACUCAAACAUGUGCCAGUGACUUUGUUUUGUGCUUCUCUGUAUAACUUCUCAACCCCGGACUUCCAACUGGUCCACAGAACAUGACUCACUAAUUAAAAAAAAGAAAAGAAA